GAGCGCAUGAGCCAGUCACGACGCAUGGAGGCCCCGAUGGACCCGUACUGGGACCACUUUGACGAAUGUCAGCCCGAGCCCGAGGCCUUUGAGUCGGUCGAGACGCGUCUCCUCGCCAAGUACGACAAGACAAGCGAAGCGUCGCCGAAUGCCGCGCACAUUGACGAGCCGUUCGACGAACUGACGCUCAAGGAGCGGUCGUCACUGGAGAUGUUCACGAGCCGACUCUUUCUUCAGAACCACGCGCCUCAAGACCAGUGGAUUCUUCUCGCAGACAAGGAGCGCGACGCCGCCGCGGCGCAAAAGGCAGCGGCCGCCAACAAGUGCAUUGGGAUUGCGAUCCUCCUCUCGUCCUUCGCGUCCGUCUCAUCGCUCGGCAUUGCGUUCGACCUCGAGAAAGGCGUCUCGCCAGUCCUCAAGCUCUUUUGGAAGGUCAGCGGCAGUGCCAUGGUCCUCGCGCUCAUCGUCCUCAUUCAAACGCUCGUCAAGCGCGGCACGAGUCUGCACGUUGAGAACCCAAAGGACACUGCGCGCCGGAUUCUCAUCUGCGCGGCAGGCUUUACGCUCUGGAACUCGUCCUUCAACUGGGCACUCGCCCACACGUCGAUCGCCCAUGUGUACGUGCUCAACAACUGCCACUCGCUUCUGCUUGUGAUCUACCGCGCGCUCUGCGGCGACGUCGUAGCGUUUGCCGAGGGCUUUGGGACGCUCGUGGGCAUUGCCGGCAGCGUCGUGACGGCCAUGGACUCGAAUGGCGCGCCGUUGGCCAACGCAGACAUUGUCGGGCCGAGCCUGCUCGGAGAUGCGGGCGCGUUUCUCGGCGCGAUCGGCGCCGUCGUGUACCUCAUGCAAGCGAAAGUGAUCAGCGAGCGCAUGCCGUUCAUGCUCUUCAUGCUCUGCCAUUCGAUUGUCGUAUGUCUCCUCCUCUUCCCGACGAUGUGGUGCCUUGGUGAGACCUACGAGCUCUCGCACGACGCGUCGAUCGGCCUCUUUGGGUGGGCCAACUGGCAGCUCGACCGGCUCCCGAUUGAGUUUUACCUCGUCGCUGUCUGCGACUUUGGCGGGCGCAUGGGCUUCAUCCGCGUCCUCGCGUACUUUGACCCGCUCGUCGUGUCCAUCACGAUGUUGCUCCAGCCGAUCCUCGCCGCGCUUUUUGGCGUCGCCGCGGGUGUCGCGACUGUCCCUGGCGCCGUCACAUGCCUCGGCAGCGGCAUUGUCAUUGCUGGCACGAUCCUCGUCGUCACGGCGGCCGGACCCCCCGCACCUCGCAAGCAGAUACCGCUAGAAACCCCAGGACGCACCACGUAUGGUGCUGUGUAGAGAUGGAUUCCCUAGAGAAGUCAUCCUUUAAGUAUAAACCCUCUUGUAUGACGUGGACGUGGUAGUGACGGCCCCGUGGA